UGUGUGUGUCUGCCUGCCUGCCUGCCUGCCUGCCUGCCUGCCUACCUGCCUGCCUGCCUGCCUGCCUGCCUGCCUGCCUGCUUGCCUGCGUGUCUGUUUUUCUGGAAUCUGAGAAAUGGGCGGGUGAGAAUAUGGGCAGUGAGAGUUCUUAUUGGUCAGUUAGAAGAUAAAACAGCGUGACUUUUCUGGUUGGCCAGUUAUUGUUCCAGAACACUAACCUAUUGUUCAGAUUGGUGAGAGGUUGUUCUAUAAAAGCCUUGCUCUGCUCUGACUGGACAGAGAUAAUUCUGCAACCUCCACAUUCUCUGGUCUCCUUUUGGGCAGCUGGAGAGAAGACUUUUGCACAGCACCAUACUUUUACCAAAUUGGCAGUUACCUGGUAAGUGUUUACGUGCUGUGUUUGUUUGUGUGUGUUGGUGCCUGCUCAUAACUUAAAAUGUGUUGACUGAUAUGCAUAACGAGGGUACCUAUUGAAAUAGAAGAUGGUGAAAAAACAUUCUACAGCUGCAACUUCGAGAGCAUUUUGACUGGCUUCAUCAUCGCUUGGUAUGGCAAAUGCACCGCCCUUGACCGCAAAGCGCUACAGAGGGUGGUGCGGACAGCCCAGUACAUCACUGGGGCAGAGCUCCCUGCCAUCCAGGUCCUCUAUACCAGGCGGUGUCAGAGGAAGGGCCGGAAAAUGGCCAAAGACUCCAGCCAUCCAAGCCAUAGACUGUUCACUCUGCUACCAUCUGGUUAACGGUACCAGAGAAUCGGCUCUCGGACCAACAGGCUCCCAGACAACUUCUACCCCCAAGCUAUAAGACUGCUAAAUAGCCAGACUGCUAAAUAGUCAAUUAAUGCUACCCAAACUAUCUGCACUGACCCUAUCUUGCACUGACCCUACGCACACUCACUAGACUAUAUACACUGAGUGUACAAAACAUUAGGAACACUUUCCUAUUAUUGAGAUUCACCUCAUUUGCCCUCAGAUCAGCCUCAAUUUGUCAGGGCAUAGACUCUCCAAGGUGUCGAAAGAUUUCCACGGAAAUGCUGGCCCAUUUGACUCCAAUGCUUAUCACGGUUGUGUCAAGUUGGCUGAAUGUCCGUUGGGUGGUGGACCAUUCUUGAUACACACGGGAAACUGUUGAGCGUGAAAAACCCAGCAGCAUUGCAGUUCUUGACACUCAAACCAGUGCGCCUUGCACCUACUACCAUACACUGAAGUGGAUUUAACAGGUGACAUCAAUAAGGGAUCAUAGCAUUCACCUGGUCAGUCUAUGUCAUGGAAAGAACAGGUGUUCCUAAUGUUUAAUGCACUCAGUGUAUACACACCAUAUACUCACUCACAUACACACACUACAUUGACACUCCCACACAAACCCACACACAUUCACAUACACUACAUACACACACACACACACACACACACCACACACACACACACACACACACACACACACACACACACAUAACACACACACACGCAUACUGACACACACAAGCACACACACAAAAGUACACAUUACACACACACACGCACACACAUACACACACACCUUUACACUCAUGUGCUGUUGCUACUAUGUUCUUUAUUUUACUCUUAUUAUUAUCUAUCCUGAUGACUAGUCACUUUACCCUGCCUUCAUGUACAUAUAUACCUCAAAUACCUUAUUAUGAUCUAUCCUGAUGCCUAGUCACUUUAUCCUGCCUUCAUGUACAUAUCUACCUCAAAUACCUUAUUAUUAUCUAUCCUGAUGCCUAGUCACUUUACCCUGCCUUCAUGUACAUAUCUACCUCAAAUACCUUAUUAUUAUCUAUCCUGAUGCCUAGUCACUUUACCCUGCCUUCAUGUACAUAUCUACCUCAAAUACCUUAUUAUUAUCUAUCCUGAUGACUAGUCACUUUACCCUGCCUUCAUGUACAUAUCUACCUCAAAUACCUUAUUAUUAUCUAUCCUGAUGACUAGUCACUUUACCCUGCCUUCAUGUACAUAUCUACCUCAAAUACCUUAUUAUUAUCUAUCCUGAUGCCUAGUCACUUUACCCUGCCUUCAUGUACAUAUCUACCUCAAAUACCUUAUUAUUAUCUAUCCUGAUGACUAGUCACUUUACCCUGCCUUCAUGUACAUAUCUACCUCAAAUACCUUAUUAUUAUCUAUCCUGAUGCCUAGUCACUUUAACCUGCCUUCAUGUACAUAUCUACCUCAAAUACCUUAUUAUUAUCUAUCCUGAUGCCUAGUCACUUUACCCUGCCUUCAUGUACAUAUCUACCUCAAAUACCUUAUUAUUAUCUAUCCUGAUGACUAGUCACUUUACCCUGCCUUCAUGUACAUAUCUACCUCAAAUACCUUAUUAUUAUCUAUCCUGAUGACUAGUCACUUUACCCUGCCUUCAUGUACAUAUCUACCUCAAAUACCUUAUUAUUAUCUAUCCUGAUGACUAGUCACUUUACCCUGCCUUCAUGUACAUAUCUACCUCAAAUACCUUAUUAUUAUCUAUCCUGAUGACUAGUCACUUUACCCUGCCUUCAUGUACAUAUCUACCUCAAAUACAGUACCUCAUACCUCUGCACAUUGAUCUGGUACUGGUACUCCCUGUAUAUAGCUCCAUUCUUGUGUAUUUUAUUUUAUUCCUCUUGUGUUACAAUUUUAUUUUUUCUACACCAGUUGUAUUCGGUGCAUGUGACAAAUACAAUUUGAUUUUAGUUUGAUUUGAAAUGGUCAGAAUAAAAUAGAGGAAGAAUAAGACAGUUGAAGCUCUCAUCACCUCAUCCUCCUCCUCCCCCUCCCAUCUCCAGUCUGCUCCAUCCCUGCUGUUAUCUUCCAGGCUGCCCCCAGUCAAGAGUACAAUGGCUUUUUAAACAGGCAGGACUCUGGGGACCCGAGCAGAGGGACAUUAUUGGCCUCAUUUAGCACCCAUCAUCACGGCGAUGGCUCUUCCAGAUAGGGCCUGUUAUUGCCAUGGAUACCAGCACAUCCCUGCUAAGAAAUACCAAGCCUAGCAUUGCCCCUUAUUUCAGGGAUUUGCGUGGGCUUUUUUGUUAUUGGUAGUAUAGGCUCACUACUGUAGCACACACACAUACCCUCUCUGGGAGGGCUGUUUGAUGUUAAAGAGCAGCUGUAGGUUUAACAGUUUUUUGGAUGGUGGAUGACCAAGCUUAGCCUUGUCUCUGUCUCUGUCUCUGUCUCUGUCUCUGUCUCUGUCUCUGUCUCUGUCUCUGUCUCUGUCUCUGUCUCUGUCUCUGUCUCUGUCUCUGUCUCUGUCUCUGUCUCUGUCUCUGUCUCUGUCUCUCUCUCGCUCUCUCUCUCUCUCUCUCUCUCUCUCUCUCUCUCUCUCUCUCUCUCUCUCUCUCUCUCUCUCUCUCUCUCUCUCUCUCUCUCUCUCUCUCUCGCUCUUUGAGGGAUUAGUAGCCUAGAGGCUGUUAUACAAGAGUCAUGUUAUGUUGAUGAGGAUUAGAGUGGUGAUGAGACAGGACAGGAGUCAUGUUGAUGAGGAUUAGAGUGGUGAUGAGACAGGACAGGAGUCAUGUUGAUGAGGAUUAGAGUGGUGAUGAGACAGGACAGGAGUCAUGUUGAUGAGGAUUAGAGUGGUGAUGAGACCGGACAGGAGUCAUGUUGAUGAGGAUUAGAGUGGUGAUGAGACAGGACAGGAGUCAUGUUGAUGAGGAUUAGAGUGGUGAUGAGACCGGACAGGAGUCAUGGUGAUGAGGAUUAGAGUGGUGAUCAGACGGUAAGCAGGGUGGACUGACAUGCCCUCCAACAAUACCCAGUACCGUGGAAGAUAAGUUCUGCAGACAAUAGGGAUUGGAAUGGGAUCGCUGGCUGAAUAUACAUGACACACACACACACAAAGAUAUACACACUCACACACACACACACACAAACACACACACACACACACACACUACAUGAGUAGGAGUCCUAUGUCAGUCCUGACUAAUGCUGGGUUGUGUCAGUGUUGUGCUGGACCAAAUAAGUGACAGGUAAUUCCUCAGUGCAGGAACAAUAUAGUGAGGAGAGAGCCUUAUUCUGGUCCCCGCUCAUUUUUUAAUUGCGUAAAAUUUGGUAUCCUUUUUUUUUUUUGCAGGCCAUCUAAUCAUUGUCAAGUAAAAAUGUUUUUGAACUCACAUUUCACGAUCCGACAUAAUGUCAGGCAACUUUGUAGGCUUUAAAUUAGAGAUGUAAUUGUUCUUCAUGGUUUUAGGUCAAUUUCUAAGCAUUACUGAACGAGGAGCCGUUUGGGAGCCAAAUGAUCGGCUCUUUUAGGUGAAUGGAGCCAAACGAUCGGCUCUUUUAGGUGAACGGAGCCAAACGAUCGGCUCUUUUAGGUGAACGGAGCCAAACGAUCGGCUCUUUUAGGUGAACGGAGCCAAACGAUCAGCUCUUUUAGGUGAACGGAGCCAAACGAUCGGCUCUUUUAGGUGAACGGAGCCAAACGAUCAGCUCUUUUAGGUGAACGGAGCCAAAUGAUCCGGCUCACAGAAAAGACUCGGAAUGCCCAACACUAGUAGCCAGUUGAUGUGAUAACUGUCUUGUGGGUUGACCUAAAUACUUUCCCCAAAACCUUCUCAAUUAAAUGUUAACUGCAAAGUAGGCUUACCUGGCAGAAGUAUAUCAUGAGUAAGUAUAUAAUUUGUAUCUGUUAUUUGUUAUUUGUAAACUUUGCCAUGAAAUUUGUAAACAAGACCAGCACAUUAGACUGCACACUAGCUAGACCCGCAAUUAACGAGGAAUUACACUCAAAGAUCUAAAUGUGUUUGUUUUCUUCCAGAACUACAUUUUUUUUUUUCAUAAAUAUUAUUUUACCAGGUAUAUUGACACUAAAGUCCCUGGGAAGAGUUGCAGGGGAGAGGUUAAGAGAAGAAUAUGCCUUUUUGAAAGCUAAAAAUAAUAAUAUAACUAGCUCGUGACAUGUAGAUUUUUAAAAAAAAGUAGCUCUCAAGCUAGAAAAGGUUGAAGACCCCCCUUUGCCUUAGAGUCAUUCAGCAGUUGUGCUUGAAAAGGGCAACAGUAGCGCAAGAGUUGUUCGGUGUUAAAAAGUAGCCUAAAUGGGACAUGGAAUUCAAUGAUUGCGUUGUGUUGAAGAACAGGCUGGUGUGGUCGCCCUCAGUGGGAGGUGUGUGCUAAUGGUUGAGGUAGGAGACGGUCACUGCUUCUUUACUAAAGACCAUGUUGACGGUAACCAUGAGAGACGGAUAGACUCAGGCAUCAGACAAUCAACAAACACAACUGGAGAACUGGUCUUGGGAAAUGCUCCUCUUGCAGAGCACUCUGCACACACUGCUGUUUGUGUCUUUGUGACUCUUCCAGUAAUGGUGUGUGCAGGUGUGUGUGUGUGUGUACAUGCAUUUCUGUGUGUGUGUGUGUGUGUGUGUGUCGGUAACGAGGGGGUUGGCUGUGAAUCUCCGGGUAACUAAUCACAGUCAGUACAGAGGUGUAUGGUGGGAAUAAAGCCUUGCAUCCCUUCCUCAGCUCACCGCCCAUCGGCCCUCGUUAACCCUCUGAUGAUUAACCAGGACCGCCCACGGUCAACCAUGGUCAGAACCAGUAGCCUUGGCAGUCUGUGAAGCGUGGUCGUUAUACAGCGUCAGCAACUCACAUCAGUACUGAAGAAUAACACACACAGACACACAUACUGGGAGGAUUCCACUCACUCUACACACACAUACUGGGAGGAUUCCACUCACUCUACACACACAUACUGGGAGGAUUCCACUCACUCUACACACACAUACUGGGAGGAUCCACUCACUCUACACACACGGAGAUUCCCUCACUCUACACACACUACUGGAAACCCAAACUCACUCUCAACACAUACUGGAGGAAUCCACUCACCUCAACCACAUACUGGGGGUUCCACUCAUCUAACACACAUAUACUGGGAGGAAUCCACUCACUCUACACACACAUACUGGGAGGAAUCCACUCACUCUAAAACACACAUACUGGGGGGAUUCCACUCACUCUACACACACAUACUGGGAGGAUUCCACUCACUCUACACACACAUACGGGAAAGGAAUCCACUCACUCUACACACACAUACUGGGGGGAAUCCACUCACUCUACACACCCAUACUGGGAGGUUUCCACUCACUCUAAAACACACAUACGGGAGGAAUCCCUCACUCUACACACAAAAAUACUGGGAGGUUUCCCCACUCACUCUACAAAACACAUACUGGGAGGAUUCCACUCACUCUACACACACCAUACUGGGGGGAUUCCACUCACCUCACACACCAUUGGGAGGAAUCCACUCACUCUACACACACAUACGGGAGGAAUCCACUCACUCGACAACACACAUACUGGGAGGAUUCCACUCACUCUACCAACACCAUAGCUGGGAAAGGAAUCCCACUCUAAACCCAAUCUGGGAUGAUUCCACCACUCUACACACCAUACUGUGAGGGGAUUCCACUCACACUCUACAACACACAUACUGGGAGGAUCCACUCACCUCUACACACACAUACUGGGAGGAUUCCACUCACUCUACACACACAUACUGGGAGGAAUUCCCCACUCGGCACACACAUACUGGAGAUUCCCACAUCUACACCCACAUACUGGGAGGAUCCACUCCCCUCUACACACUACAUACUGGGAGGAUUCCACUCACACUACACACACCAUACUGGGAGGAAUCCCCACACUCUACACAACAAUACUGGGAGGUCACUCUCCCACACACAUACUGGGGGGAAAUCCACUCACUCUACACACACAUACGGGGAGGAAUCCACCCCCCCCUCUACACACACAUACGGGGAGGAUUCCCCACUCUACACACACAUACUGGGAGGAUUCCACUCACUCUACACCCCACAUACUGGGAGGUUUCCACUCACUUUUACACACACAUACUGGGAGGAUUCCCUCACUCUACACACACAUACGGGGAGGAAUCCACUCACUCUACACACACAUACUGGGAGGAUUCCACUCACUCUACACACACAUACGGGGAGGAUUCCACUCACUCUACACACACAUACUGGGAGGAUUCCACUCACUCUACACCCAUACUGGGAGGAUUCCACUCACUCUCACACACAUACUGGGAGGAUUCCACUCACCUACACACACAUACUGGGAGGAUUCCACUCACUCUAAAACACACAUACUGGGAGGAUUCCACUCACUCUACCAAAACAUACGGGGAGGAUUCCACUCACUCUACACACACAUACUGGGAGGAUUCCACUCACUCUACACACACAUACUGGGAGGAAUCCACUCACUCUACACACACAUACUGGGAGGAAUCCACUCACUCUACACACACAUACUGGGAGGAUUCCACUCACUCUACACACACAUACUGGGAGGAAUCCACUCACUCUACACACACAUACUGGGAGGAUUCCACUCACUCUACACACACAUACUGGGAGGAAUCCACUCACUCUACACACACAUACUAGGAGGAACUAUUUCAAAUGUUCCUAAAGUGAACAGCGCCGGAAGAAGAUGGCUGCCGUUUUACAGCCCUCUAACCAAUUGUACUAUUAUGUGUGUUUUUCCGCGUUAUUUGUAAUUUAUUUUGUACAUAAUGUUUAUGCCAUCGUCUCUUAUAACCAAAGAGAGCUUCUGGAUAUCAGGACAGCGAUUACUCACCUCGCGUUGGACGAACACUUUUUCUUCAACGAGGCGUUCGCGAAGGAUAUCCUACAGACACCCGACAAGGCCCAGAUCCCCGUCAUUCGCGUGAGGAAGAGACGGAGAUUUCGUGGACGUAGGUCGGGGUGCCUUGUAAGGAUCCGACGGCGAACGAGUAAACUGCCUCUCCCAUCAAUCCUAUUAGCCAACGUUCAAGCUUUGGAGAAUAAAAUGGACGAUUUAAGAUUACGGUUAUCCUACCAACGGGACAUUAAAAACUGUAAUAUCUUAUGUUUCACGGAGUCGUGGCUGAAUGACAACAAUGACAACAUUCAGCUAGCAGGCUAUACGCUACAUCGGCAGGACAGAACGGCAGACUCGGGUAAGACGAGGGGUGGCGGUCUCUGUAUUUUUGUAAACAACAGCUGGUGCACAAAAUCAAAUACUAAGGAAGUCUCAAGGUUUUGCUCGCCUGAGGUAGAGUAUCUUAUGAUAAGCUGUAGACCACACUAUUUACCAAGAGAGUUUUCAUCUAUACUUUUCAUAGCUGUCUAUUUACCACCACAAACCAAUGCUGGCAUUAAGAUUGCACUGAAUGAGUUGUACAAGGCCAUUAAUCAACAGGAAAACGCUCAUCCAGAUGCAGCGCUCCUAGUAGCAGGGGACUUUAAUGCAGGGAAACUUAAAUCCGUUCUACCUCAUUUCUACCAGCAUGUUAAAUGUGCAACCAGAGGGGAAAAAAACUCUAGACCACCUUUACUCCACACACAGAGACGCAUACAAAGCUCUCCCUCGCCCUCCAUUUGGCAAAUCUGACCAUAACUCUAUCCUCCUGAUUCCUGCUUAUAAGCAAAAACUGAAGCAGGAAGCACCAGUGAUUCGGCUAAUAAAAAAGUGGUCAGAUGACGCAGAUGCUAAGCUACAGGACUGUUUUGCUAGCACAGACUGGAACAUGUUCCGGGAUUCUUCAGACAGCAUUGAGGAGUACACCACAUCAGUCACUGGCUUCAUCAAUAAGUGCAUCGAUGAUGUCGUCCCCACAGUGACCGUACGUACAUACCCCAACCAGAAGCCAUGGAUUACAGGAAACAUCCGCACUGAGCUAAAGGGUAGAGCUGCCGCUUUCAAGGAACGGGACUCUAACCCGGACGCUUAUAAGAAAUCCCGCUAUGACCUCCGACGAACCAUCAAACAGGCAAAGAGUCAAUACAGGUCUAAGAUUGAAUCAUACUACACUGGCUCUGACGCUCGUCGGAUGUGGCAGGGCUUGAAAACUAUUACAGACUACAAAGGGAAGCACAGCCGCGAGCUGCCCAGUGACACAAGCCUACCAGACGAGCUAAACCACUUCUAUGCUCGCUUCGAGGCAAGCAACACUGAAGCAUGCAUGAGAGCACCAGCUGUUCCGGACGACUAUGUGAUCACGCUCUCCGUAGCCGAUGUGAGUAAGACUUUUAAGCAGGUCAACAUUCACAAGGCCGCAGGGCCAGACGGAUUACCAGGACGUGUACUCCGAGCAUGUGCUGACCAACUGGCAAGUGUCUUCACUGACAUUUUCAACAUGUCCCUGACUGAGUCUGUAAUACCAACAUGUUUCAAGCAGACCACCAUAGUCCCCGUGCCCAAGAACGCUAAGAUAACCUGCCUAAAUGACUACCGACCCGUGGCACUGACGUCUGUAGCCAUGAAGUGCUUUGAAAGACUGGUCAUGGCUCACAUCAACAGCAUAAUCCCAGAAACCCUAGACCCACUCCAAUUUGCAUACCGCCCCAACAGAUCCACAGAUGAUGCAAUCUCUAUCGCACUCCACACUGCCCUUUCCCACCUGGACAAGAGGAACACCUACGUGAGAAUGCUAUUCAUUGACUACAGCUCAGCAUUCAACACCAUAGUGCCCUCAAAGCUCAUCACUAAGCUAAGGAUCCUGGGAAUAAACACCUCCCUCUGCAACUGGAUCCUGGACUUCCUGACGGGCCGCCCCCAGGUGGUAAGGGUAGGUAACAACACAUCUGCCACACUGAUCCUCAACACGGGGGCCCCUCAGGGGUGCGUGCUCAGUCCCCUCCUGUACUCUCUGUUCACCCAUGACUGCAUGGCCAGGCACGACUCCAACACCAUCAUUAAGUUUGCCGACGACACAACAGUGGUAGGCCUGAUCACCGACAACGAUGAGACAGCCUAUAGGGAGGAGGUCAGAGAUCUGGCCGUGUGGUGCCAGGACAACAACCUCUCCCUCAACGUGACCAAGACAAAGGAGAUGAUUGUGGACUACAGGAAAAAAAAGAGGACUGAGCACGCCCCCAUUCUCAUCGACGGGGCUGUAGUGGAACAGGUUGAGAGCUUCAAGUUCCUUGGUGUCCACAUCACCAACGAACUAUCAUGGUCCAAACACACCAAGACAGUCGUGAAGAGGGCACGACAAAGCCUAUUCCCCCUCAGGAGACUAAAAAGAUUUGGCAUGGGUCCUCAGAUCCUCAAAAAAUUCUACAGCUGCACCAUCGAGAGCAUCCUGACUGGUUGCAUCACCGCCUGGUAUGGCAACUGCUUGGCCUCUGACCGCAAGGCACUACAGAGGGUAGUGCGUACGGCCCAGUACAUCACUGGGGCAAAGCUCCCUGCCAUCCAGGACCUCUAUACCAGGCGGUGUCAGAGGAAGGCCCUCAAAAUUGUCAAAGACUCCAGUCACCCUAGUCAUAGACUGUUCUCUCUGCUACCGCACGGCAAGCGGUACCGGAGUGCCAAGUCUAGGUCCAAAAGACUUCUCAACAGCUUCUACCCCCAAGCCAUAAGACUCCUGAACAGCUAAUCAUGGCUACCCGGACUAUUUGCACUGCCCCCCCCACCCCAUCCUUUUUACGCUGCUGCUACUCUGUUAAGUAUUUAUGCAUAGUCACUUUAACUCUACCCACAUGUACAUAUUACCUCAACUACCUCAACUAGCCGGUGCCCCCGCACAUUGACUAUGCAACGGUACCCCCCUGUAUAUAUAGCCUCCCUACUGUCACUUUAUUCUAUUGUAUAUAUAGCCUCCCUACGGUCACUUUAUUUUUUACUUCUGCUCUUUUUUUCUCAACACUUUUUUGUUGUUGUUUUAUUCUUACUUUUUUGUUUAAAAUAAAUGCACUGUUGGUUAAGGGCUGUAAGUAAGCAUUUCACUGUAAUGUCUGCACCUGUUGUAUUCGGCGCAUGUGACCAAUAAAAUUUGAUUUGAUUUGAUUUGAUUUGAUUUGAUUUGAUUUGAUUUGAUUCCACUCACUCUACACACACAUACUGGGAGGAAUCCACUCACUCUACACACACAUACUGGGAGGAAUCCACUCACUCUACACACACAUACUGGGAGGAAUCCACUCACUCUACACACACAUACUGGGAGGAUUCCACUCACUCUACACACACAUACUGGGAGGAUUCCACUCACUCUACACACACAUACUGGGAGGAAUCCACUCACUCUACACACACAUACUGGGAGGAUUCCACUCACUCUACACACACAUACUGGGAGGAUUCCACUCACUCUACACACACAUACUGGGAGGAUUCCACUCACUCUACACACACAUACUGGGAGGAUUCCACUCACUCUACACACACAUACUGGGAGGAUUCCACUCACUCUACACACACAUACUGGGAGGAAUCCACUCACUCUACACACACAUACUGGGAGGAAUCCACUCACUCUACACACACAUACUGGGAGGAUUCCACUCACUCUACACACACAUACUGGGAGGAAUCCACUCACUCUACACACACAUACUGGGAGGAAUCCACUCACUCUACACACAAGUACAGUCAGCAUUUGUGUUUUUGAGAGAUGGAUGUAUUGUGUUAGUAGUAAAUAAUGCAUUAGUCUCUCUCUCUCUCUCUCUCUCUCUCUCUCUCUCUCUCUCUCUCUCUCUCUCUCUCUCUCUCUCGCGCUCUCUCUCGCUUGUCUGUGUUCUACCCUGCUGGUUAGAUGUUUGAGAUGUAUUAGUAGACACAGGCAGUGUGAAUGUGUGUGAGCAACGUAGGUUACUCUGCAUGGAUGUGUCUCUUUUACCUUAUGAAUAAUGGUAGUCUACAAAAAUCAUUCCCAGAACCACACAUAUGUAAAAAAUUUAUGCAUGCAUGACUGUAAGUCGCUUUGGAUAAAAGCGUCUGCCAAAUGGCAAAUAUUAUAUAUUAUUCCAAUCCAAUCUUUCCGAUUAAAAUGCAAUGGCUGUUUAGCAUAUUGGUUGGAUGCCUUUAGGACCAUGCGAAGCAUCAUUUGGAGAGAAGCUGCCACCCUGUGCGCCUUUCUCUCACUUUAAGAAAGUAGAGAGAGAGACAGUGCCAUACAGUUUGCUUUGCCGGUCAGCCAUUUAGGCAGUGUGCCGAUUGCUUUGAAUAUGAUGUCUGCAUUUGAACUGGGCCAGCUGUUUUAUUCACCGGUUACUUUCACAUUGAUGUCGGCAUAGGCGGUGCAUCCAAUAGGCUAGGGGAAGAUAAGCUUCCCCCAAAGUAAAUGUAAUUACAUUUUCCAAAAUUAGCUAUAUAAUCAAAAUACUACACCAGAGAGCAUGCUUCGGCCACAGAGGAUCAUUAGCUUCUUAAAAAAAGUAGCUGUGGAUUGUUUUAAGCUCGCAAUUUGGGCAGCGCUUGUGGCAAAUAGCCUACCAAACAGCUGAUUGUUGAGUUGCAGCGGUCAGUGAAAAGCACUUAAAUAUAUUUGAAAAUACAAUUUUAGGAAAAACAUAGUUUAAAAAGCAAAUGGCUAUUGCUGAAAAGAGAAGACUGUCUGGGCCGGCAGCCUUGAGAGGGUUAACAUGCUUAAAUGUCUUACUCACAUCGGCCACGGAGAAGGAGAGCCCACAGUCCUUGGUAGCUGGCCGCAUCGGUGGCACUGUGUUAUCCUCAGAGCGGGCGAAAAAGGUGUUUAGCUUAUCUGGAAGGCGGGGGAGUGCCUUGUAGGCAUUUCGAAAAGUAGCAGUGGUCCAGUGUUUUCUCAGUGCGAGUGCUACGGUCAAUGUGUUGGUAGAAUUUCGGUAGGGUUUUCCUCCGAUUUUCCUCCGAUUAGCUUAAAAUCCCCGGCUACAAUAAAUGCGGCCUCAGAAUAUGUGGUUUCCAGUUUGCAUAGAGUCCAGUGUAGUUCUUUGAGGGCCGUCGUGGUGUCGGCUUGAGGGGGAAUAUACACGGCUGUGACUAUAACCGAAGAUAAUUCUCUUGGGAGGUAAGAGAUUGUGGGGUUUCUGUAUGUUAUCACAAUCACACAAUGAGUAGUUAAUCAUGAAGCAUACCCCCCUGCCCUUCUUCUUCCCGGAGAGAUCUUUAUUUCUGUCUAUGCGAUGAACUGAGAACCCAACUGGCUGUACGGACUCAAACAGUAUAUCCCGAGAGAGCAAUGUUUCCGUGAAACAGAGUAUGUUACAAUCCCUGAUGUCUCUCUGGAAGGAGGUCCUCGCCCUGAGCUCAUCAACUUUAUUAUCCAGAGACUGAACAUUAGCGAGUGAUAUACUUGGAAGCAGUGGGUGGUGUGCACGCCUCCUGAGUCGGACACUUUGCCAUACCCUAGGUUUAGCUGAACUGACACCACUGCUCCCCCCCCCCCCCCCCCCCCUCCCCUCCCUCCUCCCUCUCCCUCUCCCUCUCCCUCUCCCUCUCCCUCUCCCUCUCCCUCUCCCUCUCCCUCUCCCUCUUCCUCUCCCUCUCCCUCUCCCUCUCGUCUUACAGUAAAUGCUCAGUAGAUUGUCUUUUACCUCCAAUCGGCGAACAUGCUGUCUUUAAAUUGGAUUAAAUCCUUAAAUCACACAAUCAAUCAUCCACAGCGUACUGUGCCAAGAUGGCGGAGGCUGAGUGUGUUUCCUCAUCUGUCUUAAAGAUGUCUUAAAGAUGGCAUAGCGGCAGAUAGCAGGGCUGCUACAUUUACAUUUACAUGUUAGUCAUUUAGCAGACACUCUUAUCCAGAGCCAUUUACAGUUAGUGCAUUCACCUUAAGAUAGCUAGGUUGGACAACCACAUAUCUCAGUCAUACACUAGGAAGUAGCUAUCAGCAAAGUCAGUGCUAGUAAGUGGGAAAAAAGUCAAGUGUGAGUUCAGGAAUGGCAAGGAUGGGCUUUUUUAAUGUAUAUAAAGUACCAGUCAAAAGUUUGGACACACCAACUCAUUCAAGGGUUUUUCUUUAUUUUUUACUAUUUUCUACAUGACAACAGCAGGCAAGCGGUGUGUGUGUGUCUUCGUACGUGUGUGUGUCAAACACACAAACAACAGGUGUAGACAGUGAAAUGAAAUGCUUACUUACGGGUGUUUUUACAACAAUGAAGAGUUAAAGAUCAAGAUUUUUAAAGAUUUUUAAAUGUAAAUAGUGACACAAGGAAUAAAUACUCAGUGAUUAACAAAUAACAAUAAUGAGUAAAAAUAACAUGGCACCAGUAAUUGAGGUAGCUAUGUACAUAUACAGUGGGGGAAAAAAAGUAUUUAGUCAGCCACCAAUUGUGCAAGUUCUCCCACUUAAAAAGAUGAGAGAGGCCUGUAAUUUUCAUCAUAGGUACACGUCAACUAUGACAGUCAAAUUGAGGAAAAAAAAUCCAGAAAAUCACAUUGUAGGAUUUUUAAUGAAUUUAUUUGCAAAUUAUGGUGGAAAAUAAGUAUUUGGUCACCUACAAACAAGCAAGAUUUCUGGCUCUCACAGACCUGUCACUUCUUCUUUAAGAGGCUCCUCUGUCCUCCACUCGUUACCUGUAUUAAUGGCACCUGUUUGAACUUGUUAUCAGUAUAAAAGACACCUGUCCACAACCUCAAACAGUCACACUCCAAACUCCACUAUGGCCAAGACCAAAGAGCUGUCAAAGGACACCAGAAACAAAACUGUAGACCUGCACCAGGCUGGGAAGACUGAAUCUGCAAUAGGUAAGCAGCUUGGUUUGAAGAAAUCAACUGUGGGAGCAAUUAUUAGGAAAUGGAAGACAUACAAGACCACUGAUAAUCUCCCUCGAUCUGGGGCUCCACGCAAGAUCUCACCCCGUGGGGUCAAAAUGAUCACAAGAACGGUGAGCAAAAAUCCCAGAACCACACGGGGGGACCUAGUGAAUGACCUGCAGAGAGCUGGGACCAAAGUAACAAAGCCUACUAUCAGUAACACACUACGCCGCCAGGGACUCAAAUCCUGCAGUGCCAGACGUGUCCCCCUGCUUAAGCCAGUACAUGUCCAGGCCCGUCUGAAGUUUGCUAGAGUGCAUUUUGAUGAUCCAGAAGAGGAUUGGGAGAAUGUCAUAUGGUCAGAUGAAACCAAAAUAGAACUUUUUGGUAAAAACUCAACUCGUCGUGUUUGGAGGACAAAGAAUGCUGAGUUGCAUCCAAAGAACACCAUACCUACUGUGAAGCAUGGGGGUGGAAACAUCAUGCUUUGGGGCUGUUUUUUCUGCAAAGGGACCAGGACGACUGAUCCGUGUAAAGGAAAGAAUGAAUGGGGCCAUGUAUCGUGAGAUUUUGAGUGAAAACCUCCUUCCAUCAGCAAGGGCAUUGAAGAUGAAACGUGGCUGGGUUUUCAGCAUGACAAUGAUCCCAAACACACCGCCCGGGCAACGAAGGAGUGGCUUCGUAAGAAGCAUUUCAAGGUCCUGGAGUGGCCUAGCCAGUCUCCAGAUCUCAACCCCAUAGAAAAUCUUUGGAGGGAGUUGAAAGUCCGUGUUGCCCAGCGACAGCCCCAAAACAUCACUGCUGUAGAGGAGAUCUGCAUGGAGGAAUGGGCCAAAAUACCAGCAACAGUGUGUGAAAACCUUGUGAAGACUUACAGAAAACGUUUGACCUGUGUCAUUGCCAACAAAGGGCAUAUAACAAAGUAUUGAGAAACUUUUGUUAUUGACCAAAUACUUAUUUUCCACCAUAAUUUGCAAAUAAAUUCAUUAAAAAUCCUACAAUGUGAUUUUCUGGAUUUGUUUUUCUCAUUUUGUCUGUCAUAGUUGACGUGUACCUAUGAUGAAAAUUACAGGCCUCUCUCAUCUUUUUAAGUGGGAGAACUUGCACAAUUGGUGGCUGACUAAAUACAUUUUUUCCCCACUGUAGGUAGGGGUAAAGUGACUAGGCAACAGGAUAGAUACAGUGCCUUCAGAAAGUAUUCACACCCCUUGAAUUUUCCACAUUUUGUUGUGUUGCAGGCUAAAUUUAAAAUUGAUUAAAUUUAGAUUUUGUGUUACUGUCCUACACACAAUACCACAUAAUGUCAAAGUGGAAUUAAGUUUUUGGAAAUUUCAAUUUGUUUUAUAAAAAUUGAAAAGCUGAAAUGUCUUGAGUCAAUAAGUAUUCAACCCCUUUUUUAUGGCAAGCCUAAAUAAAUUCAGGAGUAAAACAAAGACCAGGGAGGUUUUCCAAUGCCUCGCAAAAGGCACCUAUUGGUAGAUGGGUAAAAAAAAUAAAAGCAGAAAAUGAAUAUCCCUUUGAGAAUGGUGAAGUUAUUAAUUACACUUUGGAUGGUGUAUCAAUACACCCAGUCUCUACAAAGAUACAGGCGUCCUUCCUAACUCAGUUGUUGGAGAGGAAGGUACCACUCAGGGAUUUCACAAUGAGGUCAAUGGUGACAUUAAAACAGUUACAGAGUUUAAUGGCUGUGAUAGGACAAAACUGAGGAUAGAUCAACAACAUUGUAGUUACACCACAAUACUAACCUAAAUGACCGAGUGAAAAGAAGGAAGCCUGUACAGAAUAAAAAAUAUUCCAAAACAUGCAUCCUGUUUGCAAUAAGACACUAAAGUAAAACUGCAAAAAUGUGGCAAAGAAGCAAACUUUAUGUCCUGAAUACAAAGCGUUAUGUUUGGGGCAAAUCCAACACAACACAUCACUGAGUACCACUCUUCGUAUUUUCAAGCAUGGUGGUGGAUGCAUUACAUGUUACAUUUUUAUAUUUUAGUAAUUUAGCAGUAGUGAGUGCAUACAUUAUUGUACUUUUUCAUACUGGUUCCCCGUGGGAAUCGAACCCACAACCCUGCAUCAUGUUUUGGGAAUGCUUCUCAUGGGCAAGGGAGUUUUUUGGGGGGAAUAAAAAUAAACAGAAUAGAGUGAAGCACAGGCAAAUUCCUAGAGGAAAACCUGGUUCAGUCUGCUUUCCACCAGACACUAUGAGACAAAUUCACCUUUCAGCAGGAUAAUAACCUAAAACACAAGGCUAAAUAUACACUGAAGUUGCUUACCAAGAUGACAUUGAAUUUUCCUGAGUAGCCUAGUUACGGUUUUGACUUAAAUCGUCUUGAAAACCAAUGGCAAGACUUGAAAAUAGCUGUCUAGCAAUGAUCAACAACCAACUUACAUUUACAUUUUACAUUUUAGUCAUUUAGCAGACGCUCUUAUCCAGAGCGACUUACAGGAGCAAUUAGGGUUAAGUGCCUUGCUCAAGGGCACAUUAACGUCAUUUAGCAGACGCUCUUAGCCAGAGCGACUCACAAAUUGGUGCGUUCACCCUAUAGCCAGUGGGAUAACCACUUUACAAUUUUUUUUGGGGGGGGGGGGGGGUAGAAGGAUUACUUUAUCCUAUCCCAGGUAUUCCUUAAAGAGGUGGGGUUUCAAAUGUAUCCGGAAGGUGGUGAGUGACUCCGCUGUCCUGGCGUCGUGAGGGAGCUUGUUCCACCAUUGGGGUGCCAGAGCAGCGAACAGUUUUGACUGGGCUGAGCGGGAACUAUGCUUCCGCAGAGGAAGGGGAGCCAGCAGGCCAGAGGUGGAUGAACGCAAUGCCCUCGUUUGGGUGUAGGGACUGAUCAGAGCCCGAAGGUACAGAGGUGCCGUUCCCCUCACUGCUCCAUAGGCAAGCACCAUGGUCUUGUAGCGGAUGCGAGCUUCAACUGGAAGCCAGUGGAGUGUGCAGAGGAGGGGGGUGACGUGAGAGAACUUGGGAAGGUUGAACACCAGACGGGCUGCGGCAUUCUGGAUGAGUUGUAGGGGUUUAAUGGCACAGGCAGGGAGGCCAGCCAGCAGCGAGUUGCAGUAGUCCAGACGGGAGAUGACAAGUGCCUGGAUUAGGACCUGUGCCGCUUCCUGUGUAAGGCAGGGUCGUACUCUUCGAAUGUUGUAGAGCAUGAACCUGCAGGAGCGGGUCACCGCCUUGAUGUUGGCGGAGAACGACAGGGUGUUGUCCAGGGUCACGCCUAGGCUCUUCGCACUCUGGGAGGAGGACACAGCGGAGUUGUCAACCGUGAUGGCGAGAUCAUGGAACGGGCAGUCCUUCCCCGGGAGGAAGAGCAGCUCCGUCUUGCCAGGGUUCAGCUUGAGGUGGUGAUCCGUCAUCCAUACUGAUAUGUCUGCCAGACAUGCAGAGAUGCGAUUCGCCACCUGGUUAUCAGAAGGGGGAAAGGAGAAGAUUAGUUGUGUAUCGUCAGCGUAGCAAUGAUAGGAGAGGCCAUGUGAGGAUAUGACAGAGCCAAGUGACUUGGUGUAUAGGGAGAAAAGGAGAGGGCCUAGAACUGAGCCCUGGGGGACACCAGUGGUGAGAGCACGUGGUGCGGAGACAGCUUCUCGCCACGCCACUUGGUAGGAGCGACCGGUCAGGUAGGACGCAAUCCAGGAGUGAGCCGCGCCGGAGAUGCCCAGCUCGGAGAGGGUGGAGAGGAGGAUCUGAUGGUUCACAGUAUCAAAGGCAGCAGACAGGUCUAGAAGGACAAGAGCAGAGGAGAGAGAGUUAGCUUUAGUAGUGCGGAGAGCCUCCGUGACACAGAGAAGAGCAGUCUCAGUUGAAUGACCAGUCCUGAAACCUGACUGGUUUGGAUCAAGAAGGUCAUUCUGAGAGAGAUAGCAAGAGAGUUGGCUAAAGACGGCACGCUCAAUAGUUUUGGAAAGAAAAGAAAGAAGGGAUACUGGUCUGUAGUUGUUGACAUCAGUGGGAUCGAGUGUUGGUUUUUUGAGAAGGGGAGCAACUCUCGCUCUCUUGAAGACGGAAGGGACAUGGCCAGCGGUCAAGGAUGAGUUGAUCAGCGAGGUGAGGUAGGGGAGAAGGUCACCGGAGAUGGUCUGGAGAAGAGAGGAGGGGAUGGGGUCAAGCGGGCAGGUUGUUGGGCGGCCUGCAGUCACAAGUCGCAGGAUAUUAUCUGGAGAGAGAGGGGAGAAAGAAGUCAAAGCAUAGGGUAGGGCAGUGUGAGUAGGACCAGCAGUGUCAUUAGACUUAACAAACGAGGAUCGAAUGUCGUCAACCUUCUUUUCAAAGUGGUUGACGAAGUCAUCCACAGAGAGAGAGGAGGGGGGGGGGGGGGGGGGGGGGGGGAGGAUUCAGCAGGGAGGAAAAUGUGGCUGUCACACUCUGGUUCUAGGACUUUUUGUGUUUAGUCAGGGUGUGUAGAUUUCCGUGUGUUGUGUACUGUGGGUAGUGUCUAGGUGUUCGCGUUCUAUGUUUGGUCAGUGACUCCCAAUCGGAGGUAACGAGUGUCAGCUGUCGGCUCGUUAUCUCUGAUUGGGAGCCAUAUUUAAAUGUCUGUGUUCACCUUGUGGUUGUGGGUUUUUGUUCAUUGUUCAGUAGUUGUCACUGAGGACUUCACGGAUCGUGUUUUGGUUUGUCGUGUGUUUCAAAAUUAAAAUCAUCAUGUUCACUCCCAACGCUGCGCUUUGGUCAUACUUCAUUGGCGAUCGUGACAGAAAAACCCACCACAACGAGACCAAGCAGCAGUUGGAUAACGAGUGGUGGAGCCAGAAGAGCGAAGGUUGGGAGAGGACUAUGGAGGCCUGGUCCACCGAGAGGAGAGACCCCCAGAAAAUUUUUAGGGGGGGGCUCACGACGUCGGGGCAGAAGGUGUACGGCCCGGAGGAGUGCAAGAGGUUGGCAGAUAUGGCCGCCAGUUUAAGGGGGCCACUGGUUACGAAGGGGAUGGAAAGUGUGGAGGCACGGCGAGAGGUACUGGGGGGUGUUUCCAGUCCGGUCCGGCCCGUUCCUGAUCCCCGUGUAGGGCCAGGGGUGUGUGUCCCCAGUGCGGUUCUGUCUGUCCCUGCUCAACGCACCAAGCCUACGGGGUGCGUCGCCAGCCCAGCUCGGCCUGUUCCUGCGCCCCGCACCAAGUCUGUGGUGCGUUUCGCCAGCCCAGCCCGGCCUGUCCCUGCUCAACGCACCGAGCCUACGGGGUGCGUCGUCAGCCCUGUCCAGCCAGAGCCGUCCGCCAGACAGGAUCAGCCAGAGCCUUCCGCCAGACAGGAUCAGCCAGAGCCUUCCACCAGCCAUGAGCAGCCAGAUCCUUCCGCCAGCCAUGAGCAGCCAGAUCCGUCAGCCAGCCAUGAGCAGCCAGAUCCGUCAGCCAUCCAUGAGCAGCCAGAUCCGUCAGCCAGCCAUGAGCAGCCAGAUCCGUCAGCCAGCCAUGAGCCGUCCAGCCAGGAUCCGCCAGAGCCGUCCAGCCAGGAUCCGCCAGAGCCGUCCAGCCAGGAUCCGCCAGAGCCGUCCAGCCAGGAUCCGCCAGAGCCGUCCAGCCGGGAUCCGCCAGAGCCUUCCAGCCGGGAUCCGCCAGAGCCUUCCAGCCAGGAUCCGCCAGAGCCGUCCAGCCAGGAUCCGCCAGAGCCGUCCAGCCAGGAUCCGCCAGAGCCUUCCAGCCGGGAUCCGCCAGAGCCGUCCAGCCGGGAUCCGCCAGAGCCGUCCAGCCGGGAUCCGCCAGAACCGUCCAGCCGGGAUCCGCCAGAGCCGUCCAGCCGGGAUCCGCCAGAGCCGUCCAGCCGGGAUCCGCCAGAGCCGUCCAGCCAGGAUCCACGCACCAAGCCAGGGGCGCGUGUCGUCAGUCCGGUUCCGGCCAGCGGGGCUAGGCAGGACCAGGGGUACUUUGGGGGGUUGGAGAGGAAGUGGGGAGGAAGCCCGGAGCCGGAGCCGCCGCCGAGGAGGAAUGCCCACCCAGCCCUCCCCUGUUUGCUUGUAGUUAGGCGCGGUCGCAGUCCGCGCCUUUGGGGGGGGGGUACUGUCACACUCUGGUUCUAGGACUUUUUGUGUUUAGUCAGGGUGUGGAGAUUUCCGUGUGUUGUGUACUGUGGGUAGUGUCUAGGUGUUCGCGUUCUAUGUUUGGUCAGUGACUCCCAAUCGGAGGUAACGAGUGUCAGCUGUCGGCUCGUUAUCUCUGAUUGGGAGCCAUAUUUAAAUGUCUGUGUUCACCUUGUGGUUGUGGGUUUUUGUUCAUUGUUCAGUAGUUGUCACUGAGGACUUCACGGAUCGUGUUUUGGUUUGUCGUGUGUUUCAAAAUUAAAAUCAUCAUGUUCACUCCCAACGCUGCGCUUUGGUCAUACUUCAUUGGCGACCGUGACAGUGGCAAAGAGCUUCCUAGGGUUAGAGGCAGAUGCUUGGAAUUUAGAGUGGUAGAAAGUGGCCUUAGCAGCAGAAACAGAUGAAGAAAAUGUAGAGAGGAGGGAGUGAAAAGAUGCCAGGUCUAGCUAGCUAGCCUCGUGCUUCGCCGGGCUCCUACAGAAGAAUAAAGUGCAAAUAUUGUACAAUCCAGGUGUGCAAAGCGCUUAGACUUACCCAGAAAGACUCAGAGCUGUAAUCGCUGCCAACGGUGAUUCUAACAUGUAUUGACUUAAGGGUGUGAAUACUCAUGUAAAUGAGAUAUUUCUGUAUUUCAUUUUCAAUAAAUGUGCAAAAAUUUAUAAAAACAUGUUUUCACUUUGUCAUUAUGGGGUAUUGUGUAUAGAUGGAUGAGAAAAAAAUAAAUAUUUAAUUAAUUUAGAAUUCAGCCUGUCAAACAACAAAAUGUGGAAUAAGUCAAGGGGUAUGAAUACUUUCUGAAGGCACAGUAAUAGACAGUAGCAGCAGCAUAUGUGAUGAGUGUGAAUGUGUCAGCGUUUGCUUAGGCGUCACGCGCCGCUGAAACGUGGAUAUCGCGCCAUGCCGCUGUGGGUACACCCUCACACACACCUUGGAGGAAAUGAGUUUGGCUGGCGUGUGUGGAUGGUGGUCAGGUUAUAUGUCAUAGUGUUGGCCAGCGUGGUGGAAGGAGAUCCACAUGGGCCAGAUCUACACCGUCACUACUCUUGUCAGAUGGUCAUCUCUCUGUAUUACUGUGUGUAUUUACUCAUAUGUGUGUGUUCCAUAAUCUUGUGCCCUACUUUACCCAGCCCUAGUAUCCCUCUAACCUUUCAAAGUGGCAAAUUGCUUCAGAACUUCUCUAAUAAAAAAUCUAUGAAAACAUAGACGGAUUAAAAGGUUUAAUUCAGGUUGGUUGGAUAUUAUUACUGAUUAAACAUUUCCCAGUGUGUAUUCCUGGGGGAGAUAUUCACUUAAAGCUACGCUAGCUCAGCUAUCCCGCUCCACAUUACCUGAUUACCUCUCCCACCUGAUUACCUGUCUUGCCCUGGAAAAAACAUAGGAACUCAGUCUGGCGUAUUCAAAUGAGCCCGUCCCGACGCAUUCUUCUUCUUCAGUUUGGGGAAAUCAAGCCUUUUUCCUUACUGGGUGAAAUGAAGCGACUUCGAACAUGACUUUGGAUAUGGUAAUUCAGAAUAUACCUGUGAAUAUAGCCCCGAUAUCCUUAAAAUUAUGACAGGACUUUUGACAGGUGAAUUUGGAGAAGUUUUAUGAAACUGAAUCGAACUUGCAGAAGUUUCAAAGUGAUGACAGGGUGUUUUUCCCUGGUCUACGACAGUCACCAUAUUAGGGAGUAUGAUGGAAACAGUCACUCGUGGCUCCAAGCAAAGUUGGCAUGUGUUUAAGUUGGUAACUCUUCACUGCAUCCAAAGAGGCAUAGACCUCACAGAAGAGCUUGAAUGUUUUGACCCCCAUGAUAUUUCUGGUUGAGGAGUUAGUGGUCUGGUCUGUGUGUUUGUUUGGUAAAAAUAGUCUUUGUUUCACAGUCUGUACCUCUCAGCAGAUAAUACUAAAGUAGUAGAGGGGGAAUGGAGAGAAAGGUCAAGUGACGGGGGUGGGGGUCACAAUGCCCCUCUCUGUGAGGGACGAGGGGGGUGACCUUUGAAGGCAUGACAUGGUUCGGUCUUUCAGGAGCGCCAUGCCAUUGUUGUGGGGAGCAGACUGUGUAGGCGAAUGGUUUGAGAUGCUACAGCGGGAAACAGGCAGCCAGUCAGACAGGAAGGCAGGCAAUCUGACAGGAAGUGUGACAUGUGAAUGGGAUUCCUGGUCUCUAUGCAAGCCACCAUGUUGGCCAAUGGUCUCUAUGUUGCUCCUGCAAGCCACCAUGUUGGCCAAUGGUUCUACUGAAGGAAAGGUCUUGUUGACUAGCAUCUAGGACUCUGGUGGUCAGCCCUGAUCCUCAUGGAGAGAGGCAGUGUGUGCAGACCAGGGCUUCAUAGUGUAGAAAAAGCCUGCACACCCAGUAGCUAGGUCUUCUCCUAUCCCUCAUCCCUCCCUCCACCAAUCAUUUUCUCCUUCCACUCCUUUUAAUCAACAACUUUUUCUGAUGUACAUUCCUUGUGUUUAAGACCAUAAACCCACGAGGGUUGAUAACCGAAGUCAGAAACACACACAUUUCUCAACAUUUUUUUUUGCCAACUGCUUCUCAAGGCCUUUCAGUGGAACAAAGAGGCCUUUCAUUAGCUAUGCUAAUCUGAGCACACACACUCUCUAACACGCAAAUACACACACACGAAUGCAGACACACACUCUGACACGCAUAUACACACACAUACUCACUCUCUCUCACUCUCUCUCUCAAACAGAGGAUGCAACAGUGUUUCUCCUGCCUCAAUCAUUCUCUUUAGUGUUUGCUUUUGUCUUUCUCUAUAAACCAGGGUUUCAUCCUGGUCCUUGCCACUUCAGAGGGUUAAUGUGCUCUGUAUUCUUGUGUGUCUGACCCCUAUACUAUUCUAUCCUACGUAUUCUUCAGAUAGGCUACAUAUUCUAUCCACAUACUGUCCAUAAUGUCUAUAUAUCCGAUCACAUAUAUACUAAGAAAAAAUAUAAACGCUACAUGUAAAGUGUUGGUCCCAUGUUUCAUAAGCUGAAAUAAAAGAUCCCAGAAAUGUUCUAUAUGCACAAAAAGCUUAUUUCUCUCAAAUGUUGUGCACAGAUUUGUUUACAUCGCUGUUAUUGAGCAUUUCUUCUUUGCCAAGAUAAACCAUCCACCUGACAGAUGUGACAUAUCAAAAAGCUGAUUAAACAGCAUGAUCAUUACACAGGUGCACCUUGUGAUAGGGUACAAUAAAAGGCCACUCUAAAAUGUGCAGUUUUGUCACACAACACAAUGCCACAGAUGUCUCAUAUUUUGAGGGAGCGUUUAAUUGGCAUGCUGAGUGCAGGAAUGUCCACCAGAGCUAUUGCCAGAGAAUUUAAUGUUAAUUUCUCUACCAUAAGCUGCCUCCAACGUCAUUUUAGAGUAUGUCCUACCAGCCUCACAACCGCAGACCACGUGUAACCAUGCCAGCCCAGGACCUCCACAUCCGGCUUCUUCACCUGCGGGAUGAGACCAGCCACCAGACAGCAGAUGAAAUUGUGGGUUUGCAUAACUGAAGUCCUCUUGCAUAGUUGUGCACCGGGGCCUCCCACUCCUCUUUCUAUUCUGGUUAGAGCCUGUUUGCACUGUUCUGUGAAGGGAGUAGUACACAGCAUUGUACAAGAUCUUCAGUUUCUUGGCAAUUUCUCGCAUGGAAUAGCCUUCAUUUCAUUUCUCAGAACAAGAAUAGACUGACGAGUUUCAGAAGAAAGUUAUUUGUUUCUGGCCAUUUUGAGUCAGUAAUCAAACCCACAAUUGCUGAUGAUACUCAACUAGUCUCAAGAAGGCCAGUUUUAUUGCUUCUUAUAAUCAGCACACCAGUUUUCAGGGUUUUCUAAUGAUCAAUUAGCCUUUUAAAAUGAUAAACUUGGAUUAGCAAACACAACGUGCCAUUGGAACACAGGACUGAUGGUUGCUGAUAAUGUGCCUCUGUACGCCUAUGUACAGUUGAAGUUGGAAGUUUACAUACACCUUAGCCAAAUACAUUUAAACUCAGUUUUUCACAAUUCCUGACAUUUAAUCCUAGUAAAACUUCCCUGUCUUAGGUCAGUUAGGAUCACCACUUUAUUUUAAGAAUGUAAAAUGUCAGAAUAAUAGUAGAGAGAAUGAUUUAUUUUAGCUUUUAUUUCUUUCAUCACAUUCCAAUUGGGUCAGACGUUUACAUACACUCAAUUAGUAUUUGGUAGCAUUGCCUUUAAAUUGUUUAACUUGGGUCAAACGUUUCAGGUAGCCUUCCACAAGCUUCCCACAAUAAGUUGGGUGAGUUUUGACCCAUUCCUCCUGACAGAGCUGGUGUAACUGAGUCAGGUUUUUAAGCCUCCUUCCUCGCACACUCUUUUUCAGUUCUGCCCAUAAAUGUUCUAUAGGAUUGAGGUCAGGGCUUUGUGAUGGCCACUCCAAUACCUUGACUUUGUUGUCCUUAAGCCAUUUUGCCACAACUUUGGAAGUAUGCUUGGGGUCAUUGUCCAUUUGGAAGACCCAUUUGCGACCAAGUUUUAACUUCCUGACUGAUUGCUUCAAUAUAUCCACAUAAUUUUCCUUCCUCAUGAUGCCAUCUAUUUUGUGAAGUGCACCAGUCCCUCCUGCAGCAAAGCACCCCCACAGCAUGAUGCUGCCACCCCUGUGCUUCACGGUUGGGAUGGUGUUCUUCGGCUUGCAAGCGACCCCCUUUUUCCUCCAAACAUAACGAUGGUCAUUAUGGCCAAACAGUUCUAUUUUUGUUUCACCAGAUCAGAGGACAUUUCUCCAAAAAGUACAAUCUUUGUCCCCAUGUGCAGUUGCAAACCGUAGUCUGGCUUUUUUAUGGCGGUUUUGGAGCUGUGGCUUCUUCCUUGCUGAGCGGCCUUUCAGGUUAUGUUAAUAUAGGACUUGUUUUACUGUGGAUAUAGAUAUUUUUGUACCUGUUUCCUCCAGCAUCUUCACAAGGUCCUUUGCUGUUGUUCUUGGAUUGAUUUGUACUUUUCGCACCAAAGUACGUUCAUCUCUAGGAGACAGAAGGCGUGUCCUUCCUGAGCGGUAUGACGGCUGCGUGGUCCCAUGGUGUUUAUACUUGCGUACUAUUGUUUGUACAGAUGAACGUGGUACCUUCAGGCCUUUGGAAAUUGCUCCCAAGGAUGAACCAGACUUGUGGAGGUCUACAAUUUUUUUUCCUGAGGUCUUGGUUGAUUACUUUUGAUUUUCCCAUGUCAAGCAAAGAGGCACUGAGUUUGAAGGUAGGCUUUGAAAUACAUCCACAGGUACACCUCCAAUUGACUCAAAUUAUGUCAAUUAGCCUAUAGCUUCUAUAGACAUGACAUCAUUUUCUGGAAUUUUCCAAGCUGUUUAAAGGCACAGUCAACUUAGUGUAUGUAAACUUCUGACCCACUGGAAUUGUGAUACAGUGAAGGAGACUGGAGAAGGUCUAUAUGGAGGAGUGGGCCAAAAUCCCUGCUGCAGUGUGUGCAAACCUGGUCAAGACCUACAGGAAACGUAUGAUCUCUGUAAUUGCAAACAAAGGUUUCUGUACCAAAUAUUAAGUUCUGCUUUUCUGAAGUAUCAAAUACUUACAGUGGGGGAAAAAGUAUUUAGUCAGCCACCAAUUGUGCAAGUUCUCCCACUUAAAAAGAUGAGAGAGGCCUGUAAUUUUCAUCAUAGGUACAUGUCAACUAUGACAGACAAAUUGAGGAAAAAAAAUCCAGGAAAUCACAUUGUAGGAUUUUUUAUGAAUUUAUUUGCAAAUUAUGGUGGAAAAUAAGUAUUUGGUCAAUAACAAACGUUUCUCAAUACUUUGUUAUAUACCCUUUGUUGGCAAUGACACAGGUCAAACGUUUUCUGUAAGUCUUCACAAGGUUUUCACACACUGUUGCUGGUACUUUUGGCCCAUUCCUCCAUGCAGAUCUCCUCUAGAGCAGUGAUGUUUUGGGGCUGUCGCUGGGCAACACGGACUUUCAACUCCCUCCAAAGAUUUUCUAUGGGGUUGAGAUCUGGAGACUGGCUAGGCCACUCCAGGACCUUGAAAUGCUUCUUACGAAGCCACUCCUUCGUUGCCCGGGCGGUGAGUUUGGGAUCAUUGUCAUGCUGAAAGACCCAGCCACGUUUCAUCUUCAAUGCCCUUGCUGAUGGAAGGAGGUUUUCACUCAAAAUCUCACGAUACAUGGCCCCAUUCAUUCUUUCCUUUACACGGAUCAGUCGUCCUGGUCCCUUUGCAGAAAAACAGCCCCAAAGCAUGAUGUUUCCACCCCCAUGCUUCACAGUAGGUAUGGUGUUCUUUGGAUGCAACUCAGCAUUCUUUGUCCUCCAAACACGACGAGUUGAGUUUUUACCAAAAAGUUAUAUUUUGGUUUCAUCUGACCAUAUGACAUUCUCCCAAUCUUCUUCUGGAUCAUCCAAAUGCACUCUAGCAAACCUCAGGAUUUGAGUCCCUGGCGGCGUAGUGUAUUACUGAUGGUAGGCUUUGUUACUUUGGUCCCAGCUCUCUGCAGGUCAUUCACUAGGUCCCCCCGUGUGUUUCUGGGAUUUUUGCUCACCGUUCUUGUGAUCAUUUUGACCCCACGGGGUGAGAUCUUGCGUGGAGCCCCAGAUCGAGGGAGAUUAUCAGUGGUCUUGUAUGUCUUCCAUUUCCUAAUAAUUGCUCCCACAGUUGAUUUCUUCAAACCAAGCUGCUUACCUAUUGCAGAUUCAGUCUUCCCAGCCUGGUGCAGGUCUACAAUUUUGUUUCUGGUGUCCUUUGACAGCUCUUUGGUCUUGGCCAUAGUGGAGUUUGGAGUGUGACUGUUUGAGGUUGUGGACAGGUGUCUUUUAUACUGAUAACAAGUUCAAACAGGUGCCAUUAAUACAGGUAACGAGUGGAGGACAGAGGAGCCUCCUAAAGAAGAAGUGACAGGUCUGUGAGAGCCAGAAAUCUUGCUUGUUUGUAGGUGACCAAAUACUUAUUUUCCACCAUAAUUUGCAAAUAAAUGUAUUAAAAAUCCUACAAUGUGAUUUUCUGUUUUUUUUUCCUCAAUUUGUCAGUCAUAGUUUACGUGUACCUAUGAUGAAAAUUACAGGCCUCUCUCAUCUUUUUAAGUGGGAGAACUUGCACAAUUGGUGGCUGACUAAAUACUUUUUUCCCCCACUGUAUAUAUACUCCGGACUCCGACAUUGCUCGUCCUAAUAUUUCUAUAUUUCUUAAUUUCAUUAUUUUACUUUUAGAUUUGUGUUUAUUGUUGUUUAUUGUUAGAUAUUACUGCACCGUUGGAGCUAGGAACACAAACGUUUCUGCUAAAUAUGUGAAUGCAACCAAUAACAUUUUAUUUUAUUUUGAACUCCCUCCACACUUCCCAAGGCCGUUUGUUGUUUCUCCUCUCCUCUCCUCCUCUCCUCUCCUCUCCUAUCUCUCCUCUCCGCUCCUCUCCUCUCCUCUCCUCUCCUCUCCUCUCAGUCUAUGAUCGCUGUCACCUCUGACCCCCCUGUUCCUACAGUAGCCACCGGAAUU